AAGGAAAAAUUUAAGUAUUGAUAAAGAAAAAUUUAAGGAAAUGUGUCAGGCCAAUUUAGUUAACAAGAAAGUUCCACAAAAGUCCAACAGAUUACCAAUUUCCAGUAGUUUAGGAUCGACAUGUGUUUAUAAAAAUGCUGAUGUACGACUUAAGAAAUUACAUAACAGAAUCAUAAAAGAUGUAAUAUAUGAAAAAAAUAUUACAUUAAAUAAUGAUAAAUCACAAAGUCAACCUAGUAAUGAACCAGUUAUCGAAAUUAUGACAGAUGAUAAAUUAAUAGAAAAGGCUAAGCAAGAAGUUUUGUACGAAGAAAUGGAUUGGGAACCAAUGAAAGAUGAAGAAAUUGCACUAGAGGUAUUAGUUUAAUUGAAACCUAUUAAAUAAUUGUAACA